AUGACCGUCACCAAGCGCGUCGUCCGCGUCGCCCUCCUUCUCUGCGACAAUCCAGUCGCUGACAAGUUUGGCCCCACCUACUACGAGAUCUACAAGAGGUGGCUCACAGAGGCUCUCGGCGCGUACCCUGACGCGGCCGUAGCUGCCAACACUGAGCUCAUUGUGGAGCCUUACAAUGUCGUCGACAAGCUCGAAUUCCCAGCACUCAGGCGCUUCGUCCCGGGCUCGGCUGAUGGAUAUGACGUCUUGAUGCUCACCGGCUCUAAGCACACUGCUCACGACCCGGAGAGCACCUUUGCACCUACCCUCAUCAAGUUUGUGCGCGAGAUUGCCACCCAGCCGCAGACUCAGCACAUCAAGGUGAUCGGCGUGUGCUUUGGCCACCAGAUCAUUUCCCUUGCGCUUGGUGGCAAGUGUGUCCGCGGUGACAACGGCUGGGAGGUUGGAGUCUACGGCGCCACCCCCACCCCGGAGGGACGCUAUUGGUGGUCCGACUCGGUCUGCCAGAAUGGCCAGGAGAAGAUCUACACCGAGCAGAUGCACAAGGACAAUGUCCCCGAGACUCCACCCGGCUGCCAGCUCCUUCUCAGCACCCCUCGCUACCCCAUCCACUCGUUUGUCAAGCUCCACCCCGACUCGACCCCCGAGAACCCCCUUGCCCGCGUCUUGACCAUCCAGGGCCACCCCGAGUUCACGCCCGGUAUCGUGACCGAGAUGGUCAACGUGCGCUCGUCUCAAGGCAUCUUUGACGACGAGACCACUGUUGAGGCCCGCCGCCGCCUUCCUGGAAAGGACGGGCAGGGCGGCGAGGGUGUCGGCCGUGUAGGCUCGGCCAUCUGGCGUGUCAUGCUCCAGGACCUUCCAGCCAACCAGUACAACGUUAAAGACGAGUCUCGCUACGCGCACAUGAACAAGCUUCUUGAACGUGGAGGAGCAUGGACCAACGACGAGUACUCGAGCGCGGCGGCCAAGGAGUCUCUGCGCAAGACGGCCAAGAUUCUUGUCAUUGGCGCUGGUGGUCUUGGCUGCGAGAUUCUCCAGAACCUCGCUCUCACUGGGUUCAGUGACAUCCACGUCAUUGACAUGGACACCAUUGACAUUUCCAACCUCAACCGUCAGUUCCUCUUCCGUGAGACCGACGUUGGCAAGUCCAAGGCCAUGGUUGCUGCCGACUUUAUCAUGAAGCGUGUCCCCGGUAUCAAGGUGACCCCUCACCACAGCAAGAUCCAGGACCACCCCAUCUCGUUCUACAUGCAGUUUGACAUUGUCAUUGCUGGCCUCGACUCGAUCUCGGCGCGUCGCUGGAUCAACGCCACCCUCGUGUCCAUGGUUGACAUGGAGAACGAGAAGAGUCUCAAGCCGCUCAUUGACGGUGGCACUGAGGGAUUCAAGGGCCAGGCGCGCGUCAUCCUCCCCACGGUCACCAGCUGCUACGAGUGUUCCAUCGACAUGCUCACCCCGCCCACCGCGUUCCCCAUCUGCACCAUUGCCAACACGCCCCGUCUUCCCGAGCAUUGCAUCGAGUGGGCAAGCGUGCUCGAGUGGCCGCGUGUCUGGAAGGAGAAGAAGCUGGACACCGAUGACCCGGACCACAUCGAGUGGCUGUACAACAUUGCCUCGAAGCGCGCCAACGAGUUCAACAUUGAGGGUGUCACCUGGGCUCUCACCCAGGGUGUGGUCAAGAACAUCAUUCCCGCGAUUGCGAGCACGAACGCCAUCAUUGCCGCGUCCUGCUGCAACGAGGCGCUCAAAAUCGCCACCUCGUGCGCGCCGUACCUCGACAACUACAUGAUGUACGUCGGCAACGACUCGCUGUACACGUUUACGUUCCAGCACGAGCAGCGCCCCGAAUGCCCCGUGUGCGGCGGCGAGUCCAUCACCGCCGAAGUCGGGCGUGACUGGACGCUGGAGCGGCUCGUGGAGUGGAUCGGCCUGCGCCAAGACUUGCAGAUCAAGAGGCCCUCGCUGGCGUACAGCGACGCCCGCCCGCUCUUCUUCCAGGCCCCGCCGCAGCUGUACGAGGCCACCAAGCCCAACCUCGAAAAGACGCUGCCGGAGCUCCUCGAGGAAGGAGAGGAGAUUGUGGUCACCGACCCCAACCUCCCCUUCAGCCUCACCGUGGCGGUCAAGUACACCUAG